AUGUCUCUAGAAGCGCAACAUCUGGGGUUAUCCUCGUUAAAUCCACUAUUAUUAAGGUUUUGGUGUUUGUAUGCGAUUCUUAAGCUGCCAUUAUGGAAGUAUCUUUGGUUUCCCUUUGGGAACUUUAUAUCGCUAGGGUUCUGGAUAGUGCUAUGCAGUGAGAUAUGCAAACAGUUUCAGGCCACAUUAGAACAGCAUGAUCUAUGGAAGGUGCAGAACUAUCGAGCACACAGCCAUACAGCUGGUUCAAGGUGGGGGUAUGGGAUUACGGAAUUUUUCAGGAACAUAAAGGAUCGUAAGGAGAAGGAUCUGUUUCUGUUUGGGAAAUGCACGCAGACAGUUUUAGAACUCAGUAGUAACUGGGAGUUUCCAUGUGUUAUCGACAGUAUAUUCUCAAGUCUUCUCCUUUGGGUUGAUGCAUUUACGAACGAUGAAACGCAUGGCAUCCUUUCGACUUUCAGGUCUUAUUUCCCGGAGAAAGGGCCUGCAGAGGAUUACGAUAUGCUGGAUGAUGUACUGAGAGACGCAAAAACAACCAAGGGUUGA